UCGCAUCUUCAUCCACAUCGCUUUCACACGAACACUUCCACAGGAUAAGCAUCUCUCACGUGUCUCUCUUUGAACAGGCGGACGUCAAAAUGGACUAUGACAAGAACGAGAUGGAUGACAUAAUGCGUGUGGACGUCUUCUUCCACACACUCAAUGUAGACGACGUGACGCAGAUCGGAAAGUACGAGAACGUCUGGGGUUUGGUCAGCAGCCUCGGUGGCGCCCUCUCCCUGUACAUGGGUAUCUCCGUUUUCCUGCUGGUGGAGGUCCUGGAAUUCCUCAUCUACCUGGUCGUCAACUCCUGCCUUUACGCUGUGGGUCGCUAUGACACCAAGACAGAGGUCAGACCCGCCACCCCCCCGUCGCCUACUCCGUCAGAUGUCGUGUUCGUGAGGCGACUGUACGAUGCUCUCGGGUCGAAGGCACCGAAAACCUACGGAAAAUGAAAA